GAGGGGGUGAGAGCAGGCGCGGCCGGCGGGCGAGGGGAAGCGGACGAUGGCAGCGGCGGGCGGUCGCGGGAGGCGAGGCGGCGGCGGCGGCGGCGGCGGCGGGCGGCGCGAGGAGCCCCUGUGAUUGGCACAGCCGGAGCCGGAGGAGGAGGCGAGGGGAGGGCGGAGGCGGGGGAGGAGGAGGAGGAAGGGGCGAGCGCGGCGGCGGCGGCGGCGGUGAGGAGCUGUGCUUUCCACCUCUCCAGCCCCGGCAGGACGGGGGCAGCAGCCGCGAGCCCGGGGCGGGGACAGCACGCAGCCUCGAGGCGCGCACCCCCACCCGGCAGCGGCCCCGACACCCGGGGCGAGCGGGAAAGCGGCAGCGGCGGCGGCGGCGGCGGCGGCGGGGGAAGGAUGCAGGGGAAGAAGCCGGGCGGCUCGUCGGGCGGCGGCCGGAGCGGCGAGCUGCAGGGGGACGAGGCGCAGAGGAACAAGAAAAAGAAAAAGAAGGUGUCCUGCUUUUCCAACAUCAAGAUAUUCCUGGUGUCCGAGUGCGCCCUGAUGCUGGCGCAGGGCACGGUGGGCGCCUACCUGGUGAGCGUCCUGACCACCCUGGAGCGUAGGUUCAACCUGCAGAGCGCUGACGUGGGUGUGAUCGCCAGCAGCUUCGAGAUCGGGAACCUGGCGCUCAUCCUCUUCGUGAGCUACUUCGGGGCGCGCGGGCAUCGGCCGCGCCUAAUCGGCUGCGGCGGCAUCGUCAUGGCGCUGGGCGCGCUGCUGUCGGCGCUGCCAGAGUUCCUGACCCACCAGUACAAGUACGAGGCGGGCGAGAUCCGCUGGGGUGCCGAGGGCCGCGACGUCUGCGCUGCCAAUGGCUCUGGCAGCGACAAGGGGCCCGACCCCGACCUCAUCUGCCGCAACCGGACGGCUACCAACAUGAUGUACUUGCUGCUCAUUGGGGCCCAGGUGCUCCUGGGCAUCGGUGCUACCCCAGUGCAGCCCCUGGGCGUCUCCUACAUCGACGACCACGUGCGGAGGAAGGACUCCUCGCUCUAUAUAGGAAUCCUGUUCACGAUGCUGGUAUUUGGACCAGCCUGCGGGUUUAUCCUGGGCUCUUUCUGUACCAAAAUCUACGUGGAUGCAGUCUUCAUUGACACAAGUAACCUGGACAUCACUCCGGAUGACCCCCGCUGGAUUGGAGCCUGGUGGGGUGGCUUUCUGCUCUGCGGUGCCUUACUCUUCUUCUCUUCCCUCUUGAUGUUUGGGUUUCCACAGUCCCUGCCCCCGCACUCAGACCCCGCCAUGGAAAGCGAGCAGGCCAUGCUCCCCGAAAGAGAAUACGAGAGGCCCAAGCCCAGCAAUGGGGUCCUGAGGCACCCCCUGGAGCCAGACAGCAGUGCCUCCUGUUUCCAGCAGCUGAGAGUGAUCCCAAAGGUCACUAAGCACCUGCUCUCAAACCCUGUGUUCACCUGCAUCAUCCUGGCCGCCUGCAUGGAGAUCGCAGUGGUGGCUGGCUUCGCUGCCUUCUUGGGGAAGUACCUGGAGCAGCAGUUUAACCUCACCACUUCUUCUGCCAACCAGCUGCUUGGGAUGACUGCAAUCCCGUGUGCUUGUCUGGGUAUCUUCCUGGGCGGUCUUUUGGUGAAGAAGCUCAGCCUGUCUGCCCUGGGGGCCAUUCGGAUGGCCAUGCUCGUCAACCUGGUCUCCACUGCUUGCUAUGUCUCCUUCCUCUUCCUGGGCUGCGACACUGGCCCUGUGGCUGGGGUUACUGUUCCCUAUGGAAACAACACAGCACCUGGCUCAGCCCUGGACCCCUACUCACCCUGCAAUAAUAACUGUGAAUGCCAAACUGAUUCCUUCACUCCAGUGUGUGGGGCAGAUGGCAUCACCUACCUGUCUGCCUGCUUCGCUGGCUGCAACAGCACGAAUCUCACGGGCUGUGCGUGCCUCACCACCGUCCCUGCUGAGAAUGCGACCGUGGUUCCUGGAAAAUGCCCUAGUCCUGGGUGCCAAGAGGCCUUCCUCACCUUCCUCUGUGUAAUGUGUAUCUGCAGCCUGAUCGGUGCCAUGGCACAGACACCCUCAGUCAUCAUCCUCAUCAGGACAGUCAGCCCUGAACUCAAGUCUUACGCUUUGGGAGUUCUUUUUCUCCUCCUUCGUUUGUUGGGCUUCAUCCCUCCACCCCUCAUCUUCGGGGCCGGCAUCGAUUCCACCUGCCUGUUCUGGAGCACGUUCUGUGGGGAGCAAGGCGCCUGCGUCCUCUACGACAAUGUGGUCUACAGAUACUUGUAUGUCAGCAUCGCCAUCGCGCUCAAAUCCUUCGCCUUCAUCCUGUACACCACCACGUGGCAGUGCCUGAGGAAAAACUAUAAACGCUACAUCAAAAACCACGAGGGCGGGCUGAGCACCAGUGAGUUCUUUGCCUCUACUCUGACCCUAGACAACCUGGGGAGGGACCCUGUGCCCGCAAACCAGACACAUAGGACAAAGUUUAUCUAUAACCUGGAAGACCAUGAGUGGUGUGAAAACAUGGAGUCCGUUUUAUAGUGACUAAAGGAGGGCUGAACUCUGUAUUAGUAAUCCAAGGGUCAUUUUUUUCUUAAAAAAAGAAAAAAAGGUUUCCAAAAAAAAACCAAAACUCAAUACACACACAGAGGCACAGACGCACACACACUCAGACAGACACACCGACUUUGUCUUUUUUCUGAACAUCAGAGCCAGACAGGAUUCAAAAUAAGGAGAGAAUGAGAUCGUGCGGCGGGGUCCUGGAGGCCGCUCGCGCGGCUGGGCCACAGAGUCUGCUUUGAAGGCACCUCAUGGUUUUCAGGAUGCCGACAGCUGCAAGCAACAGGCACUGCCAAAUUCAGGGAACAGUGGUGGCCAGCUUGGAGGAUGGACAUUUCUGGAUAUACAUACACAUACAAAACAGAAAACAUUUUUUUAAAGUUUACUAAAAUAAAAAAAAAUUAAAAAAAAAAAAAACACAAGUUGAAAGCAUUGCCAGAUUAAGCACUAGUGACACACCGCGUGCCACCCUCCUCCUCCAGAUGGGGGUGGGGGCGGGCGCACAAGUCGGAGGGGUGGAAGCCCCACUCCUCUCUCUGACUUUCGCAAUAUGGGUCACUGUGUAGACGACUCACCCAGUCUGCAUGUGGUUCAAGGCCCCAGAGUUCUCUCAGUGAUGCUAAUGGGUGAUCUGUGCUGGAGUUUGUAAUUGGCACCUCUCGCCAGCUCCAUCUCCAUGUUCAAGACUGAGGGCCUGAGGGGGAGCCGGGUGGGGGGCCAGCACCUCCCAGUGGCGGGCAUCCACCUUCCCCCAGCCCCACAGAGUGACCUCAGGAAGCAGUAGGCCUCACCUGGCUAUGACUGACCCGGCUCAGAGCUGGUGAGACCCAACACAGUCCAAGUCAUUUGCUUACAUUUGCCAAACAUUUUGCCAUUUUUAAAAGAAAAAAACACAAUCCAUAUGAAUUUCAAACUGUUGUAUGUAUAAUCCUCUAAUACUAUUUUUAACUACUUCUAAAAUCUGUUAACCCUUCAGUCACUAACACAGUUCUCUAGGCCGGAUUUAUCAUGCUGGUUGCUUUUACUUUUUUUUCUCCUUUUUUAAUGCACCAAAACUAUGUGAUACAAGGGAUGCAAUUAACCUAUUGUAAUUUUUAUCACUUUAUCCUCAUUCGGAUAUUCUACAAAAACAAGAAUAUAUAAUGUGUUAUAAGAAGAAAAAAAAAUGCUUCAAAAAGAGAGUGAAUAUGCAGCCUGCCUUUAAAAGAAUCACAUUUGAGACAACAGGGGAUAAUGUGAUGAAUUGCAAAUUUGCCUUUUAGCUUUCUUCCCCAUGAUUCAGUGAUCACUGUCAUGGGAAGCCCUUUUAUAUUCAUGCUUGACAUUCCAAGAGGCGUUCUUUUCAGCCUGUGGAGGAGAAACUCUUAGAUGUGGGUUUGUGGUGUAUGGAUGCAACACUUCCGGGGAUGGGAAAGAAGAACAGUUCCCUAGCACAAGCUGUUAAGAAGUCUGUAGCGUCUCUGAUAACAAAUAGACCCACAAGCUCCUGGAAGCUGUCGUGUGUCCAGUGCAUGAAAAUGUCUCUGACAUUUUCAGGGUUAGUCUGGAACUAAGGCCCUUGUCUGUGUUUUGAAGGUGGGUGAACCUCAGAGAAUGAACCUGUUAUGAUUUGGGGUAAGAAUCACGUUAGAAAACCUCUUGCAACCAGUACACUAGGCCUUCUAUGGCCAUUUCCAUAAGGGGACAGAGCUUAGGUAAAGGCACACACUCAUACACAACAAAGGGCCCUGCUAACUUACCGCUCAUGCUUCUUCAGUAACCUUUGUUCAUGUCACAUUCCUGGCGCUGGAAAAAAAACUCAAAGGUUGAUUGGUUUGCUUUUUCACCUUGGACACAUUUGUAGUUUACCCACAAGGCAAACAAAAGAAGCAGGAAAUAAAAAAUGGUUGGGCAUGGGGCAGAUAUGGUACCAAAUUUUUAAUGAACGUUGUAAAUGAAAAGGCUUGAAUGACAGCCCAAAUCUAGAGAAAGCACUGAGCAAGACCAACGAAAAGAAAAGCUGUGUCGUGGUGUGGGGCCACCAUGAUCAGCUACCUGGGGCAGGAUGCUUCUGAGACAGGCCUUUCAUCUGCUUAGUGUUAGUAUGUCCUUGCUUAUGAAAAUGGGGACACUCAUCAGUAUGUUAACUAGUAAAGGGGAGAUGGUUCUCCAACCACUUCAUAAAAUAUGUAUAUUCUGUUGUUCCUAAGGCUUUGAGAAUAUCCUGUACAGGUUUUGGUUUAGUUUUGCAAAUGUAUUGCUAAUAGGUCACUCCUAUAGAUUAUUGCUUGGCCCUUCAAACUCAGUACACACACACUGAGGCCCUUUGACCUAGUGUUUUAUGGAACUCUUUGUUUUGAGAGAAAAAAAAAAAAAGGCCUUUAAAACUCUUUGCAUUUUGGACUUUUUUCCCUAAAAUUUUAGGAUGAAAGUGAAAAAGAUGUUAGAAUAACAGGAAGACAACUCCAGGGCUGAGUUUUAUCAGCAAUUGGGUAUAAAUUUAAAGACCCCUAUUGCAAGAUGGCUCUGAAUUCUGUUGUAUUGUCUUUUAAAAUUUUAAUUUUUCUCAUAUACUACCGAACAGAAAACUCGGUCUAGAUUUAAUUUGCCUUUUGUGCUCUAAAGAAGCAUUGUACAUACAACACUAGAUCAGCCCCCUCGAUUAUCUGUUUGGUUUCAAAUGAAUGAAAAGAUUUCCUGGUAAGAUCUCCAUUGGAUUUACAGAACACAAAAAAUGUACGGGAUGGAAUAAACCUAGAAAGUGAA